AUGCAAGGAAGAUGUAUAGCCGAUAUUGGAUCUUGUUUAAUAGGAUUUGAUUCUGCAAGCGGUUCAGUACAAAUGAAGAAAUUUCAAACAAAAGGGUCGAAACUGGCUGAUAGAAAAGGGGAGAAAAACAAAGCAAUGCCAAGAGCUCCGUCAAUAUGCUGUUCAUCGAAAGAAGAAGCUCUCUCAUUAUUAUCUUAUGCCAAAUGCAACAUCUUUUUUCCUUCUUCCGAACCACAGGAGCGCCUACCACCCAUAGCAGCAAAGCUCAUUUUCCUUUUAGGGUAA